AUGGCCAGUGCAGUGCGCUGCAGGAGAGUAGAGCAGCCUAUCUUCAGUACGAGGGCCCAUGUCUUCCAGAUCGACCCCACCACCAAGAAGAACUGGGUUCCCACCAGUAAACACGCCGUCACAGUCUCCUACUUCUACGACAGCACGCGCAACGUCUACCGCAUCAUCAGCCUCGACGGCUCCAAGGCAAUCAUCAACAGCACCAUCACCCCCAACAUGACCUUCACCAAGACCUCCCAGAAGUUUGGCCAGUGGGCCGACAGCCGAGCCAACACCGUCUACGGUCUGGGCUUCUCCUCAGAGAACAACCUGCUCAAGUUCGCAGAGAAGUUUGCUGAGUUUAAAGAGGCAGCUCGGUUAGCCAAGGAGAAAUCCCAGGAGAAGAUGGAACUCACCAGCACCCCUUCUCAGGAGUCAGCCACCGGCGACCUGCAGUCACCUUUGACCCCGGAGAGCAUCAACGGCACUGAUGACGAGAGGGGCACCACCCCCGAAACGCCGCAGUACCUCCCCGAGCCCCGUGCCGAGCCGUCUCAGAACCAACUGCCCUUCUCUCACAGUUCGUCCAGUAUAAACAAGCACUGGGAGGCCGAGCUGGCAGCCCUGAAGGGCAACAAUGCCAAGCUGACAGCAGCUCUGCUGGAGUCCACAGCCAAUGUCAAACAGUGGAAACAACAACUGGCUGCUUACCAGGAGGAGGCAGAGAGACUACAUACACGCGUGACAGAGCUGGAGUGUGUGAGUGGUCAGAUGACCGUCAUCAAAUCCCAGAAGACUGAGCUCAACCAGACCAUAGAAGAACUGGAGUCAGCAUUAAAGUCCAAGGAGGAGGAACUGGAGAGGCUGAAAGAGGAAGUGGAGAGUGCCAAUGAGUUCCAGACUCAAAAGGAAUCACUAACACAGAAACUACAGGAGACGGAGGAGAGGAACCAGACGUUGGAAGCUCAGCUGGUGGAGAUAGAGCAGCGUCUGGAGGGCAGUCAGCUGGAGAGAGAUGCCUUCAGGAAGAGUCUGCGCACCCUGCUGGAGCUGCUGGACGGGAAGAUCUUUGAGCUGACAGAGCUCAGAGACAGCCUGGCCAGACUCAUUGAGGGCAGCAGCAGCUAG